GUUGAGACAUCUAAACAUGUUUAGACCGCGGGCACCUCACCAGGCGCUCAGCAAACGACCUUGAAACUUGAGAAAAACCAUCAGCACCAUGGAAACCAUCUGUCGGAUUUCCUGGCUCCUUACCUUCACGGUCCCGUGGUGUUUUUCGUCACGGCGCGGUACCCAAGCCAUUUCGGUCCGGAACGAGGCACCGAAGCCAUUUCGGUCCGAGAAAGGCGCCGACUCUUUCGCCCGUCCCCAUCCCGUCCCGUCGCCGGGGGGAGCUUGCUUCGACGGUGGAAUGGGUGCCAACAGCCUGUGGUCCUUGACCUGGCCCUGGGCACCCUUUCUGCUCGCGUGUCUCAGCAGAGCGUUCUUGAGCCUCUACCUUGUCUUCCUUGUUGAGGGCAAGGUCAUUGGCAUGGUUCCAGAAAUCAUGCGCUCAAUUUGCUUCUACGGCGUGGCUGCCGUGCUGCUUUUGUGGGUCUUGCGCCAGGUUGCGGCGAUCUUCACUGCCCAUCCAACUCCGGACUUGCGCGUGCGCGUGGAGUCGGGAAGCUUCCGAGACCAGAGUGUCUCGUGGUUGGCGGCUGACAUGAGAGGUUGGCGUGAGAACAUGGAGGACGCGUAUGUGGUGGACGAGCUGCGGAAGGACCUCUUCGGAGAUGCUUUGCUCUUUGCGGUUUUAGAUGGCCAUGGUGGACGUGAAGUCUCAGCUUUGGCCUCCAAGUUGUUAGUUCGAGAGAUCGAGGUGGACCGUCGGAAGACCGAGACCUCCCUGGAACUCGCGGAGGUGCUUCGGCAAUCGCUGCCCCGCUUAGAUGAGCGCCUGCGCCGUGGAUCCUGGGGUAUCGGAUGGCUCUUCCCAGGUCUCUUACAUCCCUUCGCCACGUGUGGUUCCACCUGCGUGGUGGCCGGGAUCGACUUCCUGCGCCGCGAGUUGGUGGUCGCCAACAUCGGCGAUUCCCGGGCCUUGCUGAUUCGUGACGGAAAGGCGAUCGCCCUUUCGGAGGAUCACAAGCCCGAGAACCCUCUGGAGCGGAACCGCAUCCGUGCGGCCGGUGGCCAGGUGCUGAAAAUCGGCCCUUGCCAUCGAGUAGAUGGAAACCUGAAUCUUUCCAGGGCCUUUGGCGACUUCAACCUGAAGGCCGCCUCAGGACUUCCAGCCGAAAAGCAGAAGGUGAUUGCGGUGCCCGAUGUGACCCGAACGCCCUUCCAGGGUGGGUCACAUGAGCUGCUUGUUUUAGCCUGUGAUGGCCUCUUUGAGCGGAACUCCAAUCAGGAUAUCGCCAACCUGAUUUGGCCCAAGCUGAAGCUUGGCAUGGCCUUAGAGCAAAUCGCGACGGAGGUGCUUCACCAAUGUUGUGCAAGGUCCCUUCGAGGCCGGCCGAUCGAGGAAGGUACUGACAACGAGACGAUCAUCUUGGUACGUCUUCCAGCCGUUGACCGCCGAGCGGAGGAGGAGACGGAGACGAGAACUCCUCUGCCCCUGCAGGUCGGGCAACGCGUUCGCGUACACGGGCUGGAAAGUGAAACCGGCCAGAAAUUCAACGGCAUGGAAGGGACCGUGGAGGCCUCUGGGGCCACUGAGGGCCGCUACAGCGUACGGAUUGCAGGUGUUGGAUCCAAAUCCAUGAAGCCGGAGAAUCUCAUACCCAUCGAGGAGAAUCAAGGUAGCCCCGCCUAGGGUGCUUUCUGAGCGCGACUAGACCGGCUGUGGGAAACGUAUAGAACGGAGUUGCAAGCCUAUCAUAUCUAGGGAUUGAUUGAACGAGGAUUUCGCC